AGAAGGGAAUCUCCUGAUAGACUCACUUUUUAUGAUGUCACUCAUAAAAAGAAAGACGGUACUUAUGUAGAUGGCAGCAUUAAAAAUCUAAUGGUAAGUUAUUUUUCUUAUUUCCUAAAAAUCAAAUAUGUUAAAUUUUAAUUAGUACUAACUAUAAUAUAUUAAUGAGCAAAUCUUUCGAGAAGUAAUGGGUAAAGAGCACAAUGGUCGUGUGAGGGGUUUAGGGUUGGGACCAACCCCGAGAAGUUAUUUUGGAGCAUCGUCUUACAAUGUGGGAGAAAAAUGGAACGCUUCUACAAGUUCAAGCAACUUAAAUGAAGUGGAAACACUCAAGGAAACACUCCAAGAGAUGACAGCCAAAUAUGAAGAAGUGAACAAGAAAUAUGAAGUCUUAUCAACCAAUCACGAAGGAGUAUCUCAAACGCUACUUGCUUUGGCAAGCUUUGUAUCUAAAAAGUUUCCUGGACAACAUUGGAUGCCAACACAAUUGAACAAAAAUCAGCAGGUUAGUGGUCAUGGUAGCGGUGGAAAUAUGCAACAUGAUGCUUCAUCACGUUCAAGUCAUGGUUUUGCUAGCAAUGAAGCUUGAUAUAUCAUCUGGAUAUGAUAUUGGUAAGGAUAUAAAUGGAGAUUUGGAGAAGCUAUGGACCAAAAGCUAUAAGAUAUGAAGCACGUUCAAUUUUGAUAACAUUUUUAGACAAGAAAUUACUGUAUUGAUUUUACUUUAACUUGCAUUUUACAACUAAGGAUACGAAUUAAAUAGACUAUUACAUUGAGAAUAUAUGAAAUAGAUAUUAUAAUUGCAA